GUUGAUAUAUAUCUGUGUCAUGGCGUGGUUCCUGGUUGUACUGGAUGCUAGGAGCCAUCCGAACAUCACCACCGAAAGCUUUCUCCUCCCUGAAAGUGUUAUACAGAGUGUGAAGGAUGAAUCAUCACCUGAACAAGCAGUGUGUCGUUACCUGUGCUCUCGGGGACCAGUCACACCACAGGCGUGUCGAUGCUGGUUCUGGCUCCCCUGUCUGGGUAAAGUGUGUAAAAAAGGGACAUCAUGUCGGAUCCGAGGAAAAAAGAGCGUUCCCCAGACAGUAUGCUGCCCACCUUUCUCAAACAAAAUGGGAAAACAAUGCCAAGAAAGGAGAUCCUUUAUAACUUACAGACGAUCAACCCCGUACUUUAUGUACAACAGAUCCACUGGUGCAUGCGAGAUUCAUCAUUGGACAGCUAAUCAAGUUCAGAUGGUCACCAUACCUGGAUAUACUACUUCCGGCGCAUGCUCAUUGUGCUCUCUCUACAAAAUGUGUGAAGGACCAAUCAUCGACCGCCUUUCAGCUGCAUCGGAAAUUACGUCGUAUAGCAUUCAAUAGAUUCAAAUGUUAAUCAUCAUGAUCAGUGACUGUUUUGUUUACCCUCAAUUAAGUUUUGUUUUAAAAAGGUAAUGAUAACUCUUCCAGUAACUUCCUUAAGUGGCAUUUAGAAGCUGGUAUGAUGAAGUGGA